AUGAAUACUUCUAAUGGAAUGAUAUCGGCUCCAUCUUCAUCGUUUUCACUGGCGGCGAAUCCUCAGUCGCCGGGGAUUAAGAUUUAUUUCAAGACCCCGGAAGGGAAGUAUAAGCUUCACUACGAGAAGACGCAUUCCUCUGGUCUCCUUCACUACGCACAUGGCAAGACUGUUGACUAA